AUGCGCGUGCACGCUGACACGUGGCCGUGCACGCGCGUUUGCACCAGCACCGAGGCGCGCCCGCGGCCGGCCGUGCACACGCGCGUGUUUGCAGCGCCACGCCCCCGCUCCCCAGCCCCAUCCCGGCCGCAGGAAGCGCAGCCGCGGGCCGGGUGUCCGGCGGUGUCGGCGCAGGGUCGGGGCCAAUCCCCCCUCUCCGGUUACCGGAAGCCUCUCCCGCUCCCCGGCCCCGCAGCCGGGACCCCCCCGCUGCCGCCGGGGCACCGCGCCCGGCCGGACGCCACGGCCCCGCCGCCGCCGCCGCCGCUCACAUUUUCCACUCCCCGGCCCAAAUCCUGCCCCGCACCCUGGGGAAAACUCGGCGGGGAAGGGGGGCGAGGAAGAGGAGGCCGGGCCAUCUUUGGCGAUGGGAGCGAGCCGGAGGCGAGAGGCCAUGUGAGCCGCGGGCCCGGAGGGUCCCCGAGUGGCCCCGAGCGCUCCCAGGUGGCCCCAGAUGCCCCCAGGUGUCCCCAAACGCCCCCAGGUGUGCCAGGAGCCCCCCCCAGCAGCGCCGUGGCCGUGCGUGCCCCGGGCACACGCGUGUGCAGAGCGGCGUGGGUGGGAGCCCCACGGAGGGCGGGGGGGCCGCGCUGCCAGCCCGGCCCCGAGCACAAGGCCCCCUCUGUUCUCCACGCCGGGCACCCGCCCAACCCCAAACCGCCCCCGGGCCCCCCAGCCCGCGCCCACCGGGACCCCCCCGCCCAUCGGUGCCACCCCGAGGUGCCACCCCUGCCCCGCUGCCCCCAGCAUGAGCCCCCAAAUCCGCGGGUGGAGACCCCGGCUCCUUUCAGGCACCCCAAAUCCUUCAGAGCUCCCCAACUCCUUGGCGGGACCCUGUUGAGGACCCCAACCCUCAACUCCUUUGGGGAUCCCAGCUCCGCGGGGGGAGACCCCGACUCCUUUCAGAGCCCCCAAAUCCGCGCGUAG